UCCUGCUCAGCUAUUAUGAAGUUUUGCGUAAGUACAAGCUUUUUGAUAAAUUAGGGUUAAAAAACGACAGAAUCAACGAACACAAGAAAGAACACAUGGAUUUAAAGAGAUUCGGCAAUUUGCCUACGUCCUCAGAGGCAAGAGCGGUGGCUUUCUGAUUUCUUGAAAACAGCACAUGCUCUUAAGAUGUGAUCUUACCUUCGAAUGAGCACAAGUCUAUAGAUUGGUGAUGAUAGCUCGCCGCCAUCUUGCUGUGGUUCUGUACCGACUGGAGCAACUCUUCUCGGGACUUGUAUUAAAUCCAGAUUCUGAAGACCCUUUGUCUAUCGAAAGCAAACAGUACAGAGCUUCUUUCCAUUUCCAGCCACCUCAAAACCGGUUCAAUGGUUGAUAUAGAGGUAGAAUAUGAGCUUCUAUAGCUCGAAAUGGCUCAGCUUGUGCACCAUGAGUGGAAACUCGACAAUGUGCAGAUGGCCGGCAACGAUCAAGUGGAUUCUUCAGUUUCAGGAAGCAUAGGGACUUUUGGCCCGCUUGUUUUGGAUUCUCAUGAACCUGCGGAGCUCACUGCAGUUCUCUUUAGAGUAUUUAAGAUCAGUACUGAUCAUGCUGUUCUUAUGUGCUCUGAUCAAAGAAAAUCAUCAUUGUGGCCUAAACUUUACAAGCCAGCAUUUAGAGGGGAGCUUUGUGGGCAUGGAUGUAAAAGCUGGGAAGACAUCUCUGAAGGACUUUUGAUAAAUUCAAUGAUUUGGAAGAACCUGCAUCACUGCUAGAGCAGUACAUCCCAAGUUUGCUGCUUUCUGGAGAGCCUAUGUGUGCACAUUUGCAGGCACAUGUAGGGGCAACGGAGAUCUAACAUGUACUGGUUCAACUUGCUUGUUUUGCUAAUUUUAAAUUAUACCCGACUUAAUCUUCAUUUUUUUUUUUGGU